AUGCUUCGCCAACAAAUUGAUACGAAGUUCCCGAAGAGUUCCAAAGCAAUAACCGACGGAUGGACUUUUCCUGGCUGUGCUGCACGCGGAUUCGAGUUUGCAAGCCAGCUCCUCGAGCUCGGAGUGAAAUGGGACCCGAAGACAGUGCAAUACGCUUCCAAGACGUUGCGUGGAGCGAAGUGGCUUAUCGAUGAACAUUUCGACGUCAACACUGGUUUUGCGGGCGGCUCUACCAUACUAUGCCUUGCCGUCAGUUACAACAAGGAAGACGUCAUCCGCUUCCUGCUCUCAAUCGGCGCAAACCCUAAUCUUGGACCCCCAGUGUAUACGGGUAACAACGACAUGAAAGCACGCUCUUUGAAGGACUCACCUCACAUCCUCAACACUGCGGCUGCCUCGAGCACUCCCGAAAUCUUCGCUCUACUCCUCUUUCACGGUGCCAGCAUUAAGAGCUCAAUUCCGCUUCACUGUGCUGCCGGCUAUGAGAGGACUCUGUACAACCCUCCAAUGAUCAGUGGUAUACCGAUGAUGAAGUACCUUGUCGAUAUUCUUGGCGUCGACGUUAAUGCUUCAGACGACGUUAGGGUCACUGCACCUGAUCAUCUUGGGCAGGUUGGUACACCGCUUGAUUACGCCGUGAGAUCCGUCGAGAUGAGGAAGCGAGUCCUCAAUCUCCACCGCGCCGAUCCAAAAAUGCCCUCCUGGUCCGCCACAUUCAUCCGCUUCUACAUCGCAAACGUCCGACGGGCUAAAAUAAUCUUCGCCAGCACAUCUGCCACACAAUCAAGCGUUCAAGAACUGCACCUGCACCCCGCAUCCUUCGCACCCCCAACCAACCUCGGCAGCGACAUAUCCAUCCAACGCGUGGACGUAAACUCUUGGCCUUUGUACCUCGUCUCCAGCAACGCACAGAAAAAUGAAAAUGGAGAAACAGUCGUGUAUCUUCACGGCGGCGCUUUUUAUCGCGAAAUCGACCCCUUCCACUGGAAAUUCAUCGCGCAGCUAGCCCGUUCGACAGGCCUAGAUGUGCUUGUGCCCAUCUACCCUCUAAUACCACGCCCGACGGCAACAGCUGCGCAAGUCAUCGAUGGCAUCGUAUCCAUCUGCAAGCUAUCUGAGCGCAGGAUUGUCGGGUUGAUGGGCGAUUCGGCGGGUGGACACAUGGCGUUGGCCACAGCACAGUAUGCACCUGACAUAGCUGCGACGUUGAAGUUUAUAGUGCUCAUUUCGCCCGUGCUGGAUAUCGAGUUGACGCAUCCUGAAGUCAUUAGGCUGGAGAAGAAUGAUCCAUGGCUGAGUAUCGAGGGGUUGAAGAGCGUGGUGUUGCCAGCUUGGAGGGCGAAUUUGAAGACUGAGGAUGCGCUUGCUAGUCCGUUGUUUGGGGCGAUUGAUAAGUUACCGCCGGUGCUGUUGUUGUCGGGCACGGACGAUAUGUUGAAUGCGGAUGCGAGGCGAUUGAGUGCGAGGUUUCAGGGUGGAGAUGGGAGCGAGUGUGUCAAGGGUAGUGUGGAGGUGGAGGGUUUCAGGUAUGUGGAAGAGGAGGGAAUGAUUCAUGUUUACCCGCUGCUGCCGUGUUGGGAGGGCGAGGAGGCGAGGAAGUUGAUUUUCGGUUGGGUUGAGGAAAGGUUGGGGAGGUAG